AUGCGUGGCCAGAUCCCCCUCGCCCUGACCUUUGCGGCGCUGGCAUCGGCUUGCCAGCGCGACUUCAUCCUCGAGAAGAGGCACACGCACCGCAAGCCCAUCACCAAGAGGGCCGACGACCAGUGGCCCCCGGUGCUCUCGGAGGAGGAGACGAUCCUCGUCAACGCCUUCGACAACGUCACCAUCGACGAGUGGUCCGACUACUACGGCCACCAGGUCAAGCUCGCCGGCCUCGGCAAGGAGGCGGCGCAGUGGACGGCGGACCGGUGGACCGAGAACGGCUUCGACGCGCACCUGAGCGAGUACCACGUCUACCUGAGCUACCCGGUCCACGCCUCGUUGGAGAUCAUGUACGCCAACGGCACGACCAGCGAGGUCAGGCUGGACGAGGAUGUCCUCGAGGAGGACGACGUGACGGGCCGGGAAGACAACCAGCCCACCUUCCACGGCUACUCGGCGUCGGGCAACGUGACUGCGGAAUACGUCUACGUCGGACGUGGAUCGCAGCUCGACUUUGACCGCCUCGUCGAGCUGGGCGUCGAGCUCGAAGGCAAGAUUGCCCUCGCCCGAUACGGAGGUCUCUUCCGAGGCCUCAAGGUGAAGAACGCGCAGGAUCACGGCAUGAUCGGAGCCGUCAUCUUCACCGACCCCGCCGACGACGGCAACCAGACCGUGGCCAACGGCUACGAAGCGUAUCCCAAUGGCCCGGCUAGACACCCCAGCGCGGUCCAGAAGGGCUCCGUCUUGUUCCUCUCAACCCACCCCGGCGACCCGACGACUCCCGGCUACCCUUCCCACGAGGGCGUAGACCGCGCCGACAUCUCGCCCGUCACCCCCAAGAUCCCCUCCAUCCCCAUCUCGUACGCAUCCGCCGAGCCCCUGCUGCAGGCCCUGGACGGCUUCGGCGUGGCUGCCGAGGAGGUCAACCGGACGGUCUGGGCGGGCGCGCUCAAUGCCAACUACAGCACCGGCCCGGAGCCCGGCGUCACCCUCCACCUCGACAACCUGAUGGAGGGCAAGAUCACGCCGAUCUGGAACGUCAUCGGCCACCUGAACGGCACCAACGCCGACGAGACCAUCGUCAUCGGGAACCACCGCGACACCUGGAUGAUCGGGGGCAACGGGGACCCCAACUCGGGCUCGGCCAUCCUCGUCGAGUUCACAAAGGCCGUCAACGCCCUCGUGUCCAAGGGCUGGAAGCCGAGGAGGAACAUCGUCAUCGCCUCCUGGGACGCCGAGGAGUACGGCCUCGUCGGCAGCACCGAGUGGGUGGAGGACCACGUCGACUGGCUGACGGAGACGGCCGUGGCGUACCUCAACAUCGACGUCGCCGUCUCCGGCCCGCGGCCCAACCUCGCCACGACGCCCGAGCUGCACGCCAUCGGCACGGACAUCUUCAAGAAGGUCAUCUACCCCAACUUCGGCGCCUUCAACAUCAGCCUGUACGACGCGUGGGAGGAGGCGUCGGGCGGCGUCGUCGAGGCCCUCGGCAGCGGCAGUGACUACACAGGCUUCCUGCACCGGGGCAUCAACUCGCUCGACGUCGGCUCCAGCGGCGGCGCCACGGAUCCCAUCUGGCACUACCACAGCAACUACGACAGCUACCACUGGAUGGCCACCUUUGGCGACCCGGGCUUCCUCCAGCACGCCGCCAUCGGCCAGUACCUCGCCCUGCUGGCCUUCCACCUCGCCGACGACGAGGUGCUGCCCAUCGACGUGCCCAACUACGCCGCCGAGCUGCGCGCGUACCUCGAGGACCUGGCCGAGUACGCCGAGGCCGAGGGCGCCGCGGCCGCGGGGCUCGACCUCUCGGAGCUGUCCGACGCCGUCGACGUCUUCGCCGCGCGCGCCGACGAGGUCAAGGCGCUCGAGCGGCUCGCCGUCACCACCAACGACACGGCGCUGAUCGCCGUCGUCAACCACAAGUACCGCGACUUCCAGAGGGGCUUCAUCAGCCAGGGCGGCCUGCCGGACCGGGAGUUUUACAAGCACGUCGUGACCGCGCCUGGGCUGGACACGGGCUACGCCCCUGUGCUGUUCCCCGGCAUCACCGAGGGGAUCCAGUACGGCGACGGCAACCUGACGGUCGCACAGGAGUGGGUCUCCAAGACGGCGCGGGGUAUCCUGCGGGCCGCCGACAUCAUCAAGACUUGA